AUUCAGAAAACACAUACAAAUGCCACAACAACUACAUAUUCAGAAAACAACUUCGUCGAUUUCACAUCACGUACGCUGCAAAUAUUCACAGCACGAGCAAAUAGGGAAACGAACUGCAAACUGCGAAGACACAACGGAAAUGUUUCCAGGGGGGGCCAUAAUCAGUGACGGACCCGCAUCCAUCCGGUUGUCUUCGCGCUUCUGAAUGUGCGCUUUUGUUGCUUAUGGCUACAAGACAUUGAAAUGUUCUGUCCGUUUUGUGCUGUGCAACUGGGGGAACGCUCCCAAGUUUUGCCCGUCGUGUGGUAUGAACGUGGGGUUCCUUACGGAGCGUCCAUCCACGUCAUCAAGCGUAGGCCAUGGGCCUACAGUGAAUGAGACAAGUAUCCAAGGAAGAGCAGCUCAAUUCAUGAGGUUCAGGGAAGUUAAAGAGGCUGAGAGGAGGACCUUUUCAAAGGCUAAAAAGAAACCAAACAUUACGAUCAAGAUAUCGAUUGGCAUAAUGACCAGAACAAAAUAUGGGUUAAAACCUAUAAGGGGGAAAACCUUGCCAUUAAAUGUUGAACCCCUGUGGUCAUCAAAACAAAUUUUGCCAGCUGCUAUAAAAAAACAGCGAGAUUUUAAUCAAGACACAAUGUACGAUGGAGAAUAUGUCCUGGUCUAUCCUGAUGACUCUCAGGUACAAAAUAUACCAGGCACAGACAGACCCUUUGUCCUUGAACAUUAUAAAGAGGCCAUUGGAAAGGCUUACCAGAGGAUCGUACUGUACAUCUGCCCCCUUCAGGAUUUGAGUAAGUAUCGAAGUACAUGUAUGUAAAAUAAUAAUAAUAAUUGCUAAUGGUUGGUUAUUGAGUGAGUUCUUAAUUUAAUUUGAGCUGGUUGAAAAAUUGCUAUAUAUUUUGCGUAUA